AUGUCAUGUAGUAUUACUUCAAUGAUCAAUGAUGAACAAAUCCAAUUUGCAAGUAAUGAAUAUAAGCAGAAUAGUAGUAAAAUACCUGAUAUAAUUUCAACACCUAACUUUCAUACUGCAUUGCAAGUUGUUAAAG